AUAAAAUCGCAUCAACAUAAUAUAAUAUAAUAGGAUAUCCUAAGUUAAUUAAUUGAUACAGGGCAUUGCAUUUGAAUUAUAAAUAUAGAUUGGCGAUAGUCCAUUGUGUGCAUUAUCAGCAGUUGCUUCCUUACGGAUAUGAUACCGCAAUCUGGAUGAUGUUUGUAAGCACAUUUGCACCUCGAAGUCCGAUUGUUUGACUAUCACUUGAGAGAUGCUCAUCAGUCAAGUUUAAUGGGCAUUGCUACAAAUCUACAGUAAAUAGCGAAAAUAGCUUAGUGAUAAGAUAACCAUCUCUAUCACUGUCGGGGAGCACCAGAUCCCAAUAGACCAUCGUUUCGUUCGAACGAGCCAGUUUCCUGUGAUAACAGCGCAAUAUGCUUCAAGUAGCGAAAAAAAUCCUAGGGAAAAAUCGACGGCGAGAGUUGUCCUAUUGCGUGCGGAAGUUUUCGAACGAUGGUUCGAGUAAAGACGAUCCAAAUCGGACGCAUUCUUCACGAGUCGAAGCGAACCGGGAAAAUCCUUUAACAAGAACGCUGAAUAUCUUGGGGAGUGAUAUGAAGAAAGUGAAAAACUUCAUUUUUCCUAAGGGAAAGCCUGCACCCGUGGAGAACGUUUCAGACUAUUUGGAGAAGUACCGGAGAGAAGAUUUUCAAAGCCAUUGUGAUGUGCUAGUUAUUGGUGGCGGAGGAGUUGGAUCGUCCAUUGCUUAUUGGCUAAAAAAGCGAGCUCGAAAAGGAUUAAAUGUGGUCGUUGUUGAGAAGGAUUCUACUUACCAGGAAGCUUCCACAUGCCUGUCAGUUGGCGGAUUGAGACAGCAGUUCUCAAUUGUGGAGAACAUUCAGAUGAGUUUAUACGGGGCGGAAUUUUUGAGGGAUGUUAAAGAAUUGCUUGGAAAUGAUGUUCAUGUUAAUUUUACGCCUUACGGAUACUUGAUGCUGGCAUCGGAACAUGGAGCAGAGCAGCUGCAGGAAAAUUCAAAACUACAAAAUGUGUUGGGGGCAAAAAAUGAAAUUCUUACUCCGGCUAGGCUGAAAGAACGGUUCCCUUGGAUGAAUACCGAAGGCAUAGCUUUGGGUUGUCAUGGAUUAGAGAAGGAAGGUUGGUUUGAUCCGUGGGCACUAUUAUCAGGUUUCAAAAAAAGAGCCAUUGAAUAUGGUGCCCAUUAUGUUGAGGGAGAAGUGGUUGGAUUUGAGUUCCGUACCAUGCAUGAUGUUAUGACUGAUGGUGUUAACUUCGGCCAAUACCAAGGACUUGAUAAAGCAUACGUUAGAAUGAAGAAUGGCGAUAUUCGAGAUAUUAAGUUCUCACUCGUUGUUAUCGCUGCCGGCGCACAAUCAGGAAGUGUGGCCCGAUUGGCUCGUAUUGGAACGGGAAAAAAUAUAUUAAGUGUUCCACUACCGGUGGAACCGAGGAAGCGUUACGUUUAUGUGUUCCGGUGUCAAAAUGACAAUGGUCCUGGAAUAAACACUCCGCUUAUGAUAGAUCCGACAGGAACAUAUUUCCGUCGCGAUGGCCUAGGAGGAAAUUAUCUUGGUGGAAAGAGUCCCUCUUUAGAGGAAGAACCAUCAUCAGAUAACUUGGAUGUAGAUUACUCGUACUUUGAUAGCCAUGUGUGGCCAAAUCUAGCUCGACUAGUUCCCAAUUUUGAGGCAAUCAAGGUGAAUAAUGCGUGGGCUGGAUACUACGAGUACAACACAUUCGACGAAAAUGGAAUCGUUGGCCCUCAUCCAUAUUACAACAAUCUGUACAUAGCGACAGGUUUUAGCGGACACGGUAUACAGCAAACCCCUGCAGUCGGGCGAGCAAUGGCCGAAAUGAUCAUCGACGGUGAGUUCCGAACAAUUGACUUAACUCGAUUUGGAUUUGAUCGCAUACUGGUUGACCAACCCUUGUAUGAAUCCAACAUUGUUUGACACGCAGCCAGUGGAGCAUAAAUUAAUUGUCGCAAGGAACUGUGAAAUAUUGGACGAAAAAAGAGAUUUGUUUGUUCCAUACGCUAAAGUAAGGUUAAUUUGUUCUUGAUGUAUGAUCAGUAAGAAACGUGACUACAGGAUGAGUGAUUGUUAAUUUAUGAUUAAAAAAUAGCACUUCUGCAUCAUAAAAUGCUUCGAUCUGGUCUAAUAAAUAAAUGGAUUGAAGUUCAGAAACAUAGAACUAGUUAACUCA